GCCCCGGCGGCCCGCAGUGAGGGAAGCAGGGGCGGAGCUCCGAGAGGCUCGCCCGAGGAGACUUGGCGGCCCGGGCUCCGGGGCCCGGGAACCGGGAUAAAGCAGGCCGGCCGCCGCGGCGGAGGGGGGCGGGCUGGAGCGUGGCCCCGCGCUGGUCAUCCGGGUUCCGGGGCCCGGCGGAGGCCGCGCCGGGAGCGAGAGGGAAGUGCGGCCGCCCUGGAACCUGGAUAUCGCGCGAGGCAAGCCGCGCGCGGGCGGGCGGGCUAUGGCGCAGGCGGGUUGCGGGGCCGGCGCUGGUGGCGGGGCCCGGUGCAUGGCGGUCUGUCGGCGGAGUCGCCCUCGGGGGCUGUCAGCCUCAGCCCUGAUACAGUGAUCGCACAGCUCCAAGAUCCCCACAGUCCCCAGUGACCCCUAAACUACCCUCUGCGGACACCCUUCAAAGCUCUCCUGGCUACUGCAAAUCAGACCCCAUUGGUGACCCAGAAGGAAAUCUCUGACCUCAGUGGUGGCCAGAAGCCAACUUCAUGUCUGAAGGCACAAGCGGCCGUUUGUCAUGGAAAGCUUGGGGCUGCAGACGGUGACCCUCAGUGACGGGACGACAGCCUAUGUCCAGCAAGCUGUCAAAGGGGAGAAGCUGCUUGAAGGGCAAGUGUUCCAACUGGAAGACGGGACCACUGCGUACAUUCACCAGGUGACGAUACAGAAAGAGUCUUUCUCCUUUGAGGAUGGUCAGCCUGUGCAGCUGGAGGAUGGCAGCAUGGCCUACAUACACCACACACCCAAAGAGGGCUAUGACCCCAGCGCCCUGGAAGCUGUCCAGCUGGAAGAUGGCUCCACCGCCUACAUCCAUCACCCCGUGUCUGAGCCGUCCGACAGCACCAUCCUGGCUGUGCAAACAGAGGUGGGCUUGGAGGACCUGGCCGCAGAGGAUGAAGAGGGCUUCAGUGCAGACACAGUGGUGGCCUUGGAGCAAUAUGCAAGCAAGGUUCUGCAUGACAGCUCGGCUCCCCAUAAUGGCAAAGGGCAGCAGGUCGGAGACAGAGCUUUCCGGUGUGGCUACAAGGGUUGUGGACGUCUCUACACCACCGCCCAUCACUUAAAGGUACACGAACGAGCUCACACGGGUGACCGUCCAUACAGGUGUGACUUCCCCAGCUGUGGAAAGGCCUUUGCCACAGGCUAUGGGCUGAAAAGUCACGUCCGUACUCAUACGGGUGAGAAACCGUACAAGUGCCCAGAAGAGCUGUGUGGCAAAGCCUUCAAGACCUCAGGAGACCUGCAGAAGCAUGUCCGGACACACACAGGUGAACGCCCGUUCCGGUGUCCUUUCGAGGGCUGUGGCCGCUCCUUCACCACCUCAAAUAUCCGCAAGGUACAUGUGCGCACCCACACAGGCGAGCGACCCUACACCUGCCCCGAGCCCCACUGCGGCCGUGGCUUCACCAGUGCCACCAACUACAAGAACCACGUGCGCAUCCAUACAGGGGAGAAGCCAUACGUUUGCACGGUGCCAGGCUGUGGGAAGCGCUUCACUGAGUAUUCGAGCCUGUACAAGCACCACGUGGUGCACACACACUGCAAGCCCUAUACGUGCAGUAGCUGCGGCAAGACCUACCGGCAGACCUCCACCCUGGCCAUGCAUAAGCGCAGCGCGCACGGGGAGCUGGAGGCCACCGAGGAGAGCGAGCAGGCCCUGUACGAGCAGCAGCAGCUGGAGGCUGCCUGUGCUGCUGAGGAAAGCCCACCAACCAAACGAGCCCACAUUACCUACCUUUCGGAGGUAAAGGAAGAGAGCAGAGACAUCCCAACCCAAGUAGCCAUGGUGACAGAGGAAGAUGGGGCCCCCCAGGUGGCUCUGAUCACUCAGGAUGGUGCCCAGCAGGUCAGCCUGUCCCCGGAAGACCUGCAGGCCCUGGGCAGUGCCAUCAGUGUGGUGACCCAGCACGGUAGCACCACCCUCACCAUCCCCAGUCAUCCUGACGAACUGGCCACAGCUGGCACACAUACCGUCACCAUGGUCAGCGCCGAUGGCACCCAGACGCAGCCCGUCACAAUCAUUACCUCCGGGGCCUUGGUCACCGAGGACUCAAGUGUAGCAUCUCUUCAUCAUCAACAGGUGGCGCUAUUGGCCACAGCCAACGGAACGCACAUCGCAGUGCAGCUGGAGGAGCAGCAGACCCUGGAGGAGGCCAUCAGCGUGGCCACUGCUGCCAUACAGCAAGGGGCUGUGACCCUGGAGACCACCGUAGCGGAGAGCGGUUGCUGAGCCCAAGUCGACUGGUCCCCACACAGCACUGGAGAAGGUGCCAUACUCUCAGGCGGCCCUGCCUCGGGGGGCCCUGGCUGUGGCUGACCCCAAGAAGAUGGCCACAUAGGCCUCCGGGAUGAGAAGGCGGCAGGAAAAUGACCUCUGAUGGACAGGGCUGUGGGCCACACCCAAGAUGAGCGUCAGGCAGUGGGCAUUGGGGGCCGAGGACAACCAGUGUGCUGCUCACCAGGCUGCCCCGGACACCUGCAUCCCUCCACUGAGGGAUAUUCGCUUCUGUCCACUCCUUUCUCAGAGACGGGCACUAGGUGGAUGAGGACUGGCCUCCACCCUGACUGACUGGUCUACCACCAGGGGAAAGGUAGACAGUUCUUCAGCCCAGCGCCUCCCAGCAAUAACCACCUCCUGGGGGUAGGGUGGCCAAGAUGCCUAGCCACUUGGUACCAGGAACUUCCUGCCACCACAGUCAGAAUUAAUUCCUCAGGGGCCUGUGGCUGGAGUAGGUUCCCAGGCCGUGGCUCCCCAGUGGCUCUUCACUCUGUCCAUGGCAGAGAGACAGAGAAUGGCCUGUACCUAGACUGCUGGGGUCGGGUUUAAUUUGUUUUGUGGUUUAGUUUUUUAAUUCUAUUUUGAUAAUUAUUUUUUUUCCUGCUCUGGGUGGUGGCAGCAAACGGGUGAAUGAUAUUUAAUAAAAGUUGCAAGUUUCCA